AUGUCAGUCGAAAACCGUGUCGCUAUCGUUACGGGUGGCGGACUAGGCCUAGGGAGACUAUAUGCCCUGAGCCUGGCUCGUCGUGGUGCCAAAGUCGUCGUCAAUGACUACGGGGGAAGUCUUGACGGUAAGGCUGGACAUUCGACCCGAGCACAAGAUGUGGUGGAUGAAAUCACGGCUGCGGGAGGCACUGCGAUUGCAGAUCAUCACGACGUUUCAGACCGGACAGGUGCAGGAGAAAUCGUCGAGACGGCGCUGAGAGCAUUCGGUACCGUUCAUAUCCUGAUCAACAAUGCCGGUAUUACAGGCAAGAUCAGCCCACACGACGACGUGGACGCUGAUGCAUUCAUGAGGGUGAUCGAGAUUUCAACCCUGGGAACGACUCUAGUCACAAGCGCUGCCUACAGGGUCAUGGCCAAGCAGGGAUUUGGGAGAAUUGUGAACGUGUCAUCAAAUGCCAUCUAUGGUUUCGGUGCUGGUGGUGAUUGCGCCUAUGGAGCCUCGAAAGGGGCGACUUUUGCUAUCACAAGGGAGCUUGGACGUUGGUCCGAGAGAGAUGGCAUCAAAACCAACGCCAUUAUGCCCUCGGCGGCCUCCAGAAUGACGGAGCUCUCGACUGGAACCAAGAAACUUGCUGAGACGUACUUCCCAGCAGAAGGGGUCGUUCCAUUCGUCCUCGCUCUUUGCUCCGACCAAUGCCCCGUCUCUGGGGAAGUGUUCUCUUCAAGCGCCAACAGAGCAGCAAGGGAGACGCUUGCAACAUUCCCUGGGCUGAAAUCGGCUACUCCAGAAGGGUUCUUAGAGAACUUUGACAAGGUUAUGGGCAAAAAUGAUCCCCCAUAUCUGGCAACAAGCACCCUCGAUCAAGUCAAGUAUAUAGUUCGACAAGCAUAUGGCAAAGAGAUGGAAGACAUCACCGAUUUUGGCAUUGCGAACCAAAGUUGA